UAGUGUUGGGAACCACUGGAUCAACCUAGUGGUCAACCGAUCGCUACCACCACCAACACUGCUAUGCUCACUGGUAGCAGCUUGACUGCUACCCGUAGAUGCGCGAAAGCAUAAUGUAAAUAACAACAGAUCAGUCAUUGUAGUUAGUCCGCGCGCUUCCCGCAAAUGCAUGUACGUUUUUAGUUCGUUCUUUUAAUAAAGUUUUAUUUAUGUUAUUAAUGUACGUUCGCGUUUGAUUCAUGUGCAAUGAUGCACUCGACCACCCCGCCGGCGCGUACGUAACAGUGGCGACGAGGAAAAAGUGAAUUUUUGAGAACAUUUUCGCGCGAGUGAGUGAAAGUGUUUCCUUCACGGAAGAGGAGGAGGAUCUCGGAAGACGGAAUGUUUUCCCCACCCGGAGGUGACCGGCCAGGAUCAGUGCCGCCGGCGAAUGGACUGCAGCAGCAUCCAGCAGUUCCAAAUCACCAGCCGGGAGUGUCAUUUCAGCCACAGCAACCACCGUCGGUUCCAGUCAUCAACCCUCCUCCGUUCCUGCAGACCAGUGGUUCACAAGCUGGUUCAUACGUACCACAGCAGCAGCAGCAAAAUGUUUCGUCGGUCGAUCCGGUGACGCUGCAACUUUUUCAGCAGAUGCAACAGCAAAUCAAUCUGCAAUUUCAGCAGCAGCAGGCGUUCCUCACCCAGCAGUUGGACGUAUUCCGGACGGCGAUGUCGGCAAUCCAGGUCAGUGUUCCGACGAAUCCGGAGCAAAUACUCGACUCGCUGGCGAGUAACAUCCGUGAGUUCCGGUACGAACCGGACCAAAACGUUACAUUUGGCGGAUGGUUCGUUCGUUACGAGGAUUUGUUCGCCAAGGACGCCGUUCGACUCGACGAUGAAGCCAAGGUCAGGUUGCUGCUACGGAAGCUAGGCCCAUCGGAGCACGAGAGGUACACCAGCUACAUCCUCCCAAAGAGUCCCAAUGCAAUCAGGUUCGACGACACGGUGAGUAAGCUGAAAAGUUUAUUCGGAACACCAGAGUCUGUGAUCAGCAGACGGUAUCGGUGCUUGCGAGUCAAGAAGCAAGCCACCGAGGAUUACAAGAUGUUUGCCUGUCGGGUGAACAAACUUUGUGUCGAGUUCGAACUUGGGAAGCUCUCGGAGGACCAAUUCAAGUGCCUCAUGUUCGUCUGUGGGCUGAAGGCGGAAAGCGAUGCGGAGAUCAGGACGAGGUUGCUUAGCCGCAUUGAAGAGCGGGAUGACGUAACCCUGGAGCAGAUUUCAGAUGAGUGUCAACGACUUCUCAACAUCAAACACGAUACGACGAUGAUCGAGUCAGCGUCGUCGUCGGCAGCAGUGCAAUCACUGAAGAAGCAGGACGGAAAGAAGAACUACCGUUCCGAGAGGGGAUCAGCAGAACCAAGAUCCAGUCCUCAGAAGGGCGCCCGUCCAACAACGCCUUGUUGGAACUGCGGUGCCAUGCACUACUCCAGAGACUGUCCGUUCAAGAACAACCGGUGCAAGGAAUGUGGUCAAAUCGGUCACAAGGACGGAUACUGCUCCAGUGCCAAGAAAAUCAAGUCUCCCAGCAAGCGGUAUACGGGAAAGCCAGCGAAUAUAAGAAGUGUGCAGGUGAAGAACAUCCGGAAGCGACGAAGGUUCGUGAAAGCGGAAGUCAACGGCAGGCAAGUCAGUCUGCAGCUCGAUACUGCGUCGGACAUCAGUAUCAUCUCCGAGCAGACGUGGCAGAAGAUCGGGCAGCCUGCAUCAAUUCCAGCAACCGUCCAAGCAGCAACAGCGUCGGGCAAACCCCUGAAGCUACAGUUUCAGUGUUGCUGCGAAAUCAUCAUCAAGGGGGAGAAGCGCACUGGUCAAUUCUACGUAGUCCCGCAGCAGCUCAACCUGCUUGGGCUAGAUCUCAUCGAUGCGUUCAAUCUCGGGUCGAUGCCAAUGGACCAAUUCUGCAAUCAGGCGCAAAAUACAAACCAUCAUCAAGGUGCACGAUCAUUCAGAAAACAUAUCAACCAGUUGCGUUGCCGAGCAGGUGCUACCAACACACCAAAGCCCAGGACGAUUCCGUCCAAGGCCGGCAAACAUCAGUUGCCUUUGGACAUCCUGCUUCAAGCCUGCAAUCUGCAUCAGCCAAGCCAUGCUCAAUCAGCACGCCAUUCUCCAUCACGUUCACCUUCGCUACCAACUCUAGCAUCAUCCGUUCCGAUGGCACAGAUGCCAUCGACGCUUGCAGCACCAUCCGUGCACUCGACUCCACUGCAAGCUACACCAGCUCAACCGAGCCUGGUCUGGGUGUCUCCAGCCACGACGGAGACUCGUGGGUCGUCUUCUGUGUCUGCGUCAACGUCCAAAUUCCCAUCAUCCUCAGCAACAAGCUUCGCAGAGACCGAAACAGCUGGUUCGUUGCCUCGCCACUCUUUACGCCAACGAAGACCGCCGAUAAGGUUCGACCCGUACCAGCUGUAUAAAGAGGGGAGAUGUUGGGAACCACUGGAUCAACCUAGUGGUCAACCGAUCGCUACCACCACCAACACUGCUAUGCUCACUGGUAGCAGCUUGACUGCUACCCGUAGAUGCGCGAAAGCAUAAUGUAAAUAACAACAGAUCAGUCAUUGUAGUUAGUCCGCGCGCUUCCCGCAAAUGCAUGUACGUUUUUAGUUCGUUCUUUUAAUAAAGUUUUAUUUAUGUUAUUAAUGUACGUUCGCGUUUGAUUCAUGUGCAAUGAUGCACUCGACCACCCCGCCGGCGCGUACGUAACAG